AUGCAGAACUACAAGUACGACAAAGCGAUCGCUCCGGAGAGCAAGAACGGGGGCAGUCCUGCCCUGAACAACAACCCGGCCAAGAGCAGCAGCAAGAAAGGGCUGCUCAUCUGCCUGGAUCUCCUCUGCCUUUUCAUGGCUGGUCUGCCCUUUCUGAUCAUUGAAACCAGCACAAUCCAGCCGUACCAAAGGGGGUUUUACUGCAACGACGAGAGUAUCAAGUACCCUUUGAAAACGGGCGAGACGAUUAACGACGCUGUGCUGUGUGCUGCAGGGAUUCUCAUUGCCAUCCUUGCUAUCAUAACAGGGGAGUUCUACCGGAUUCACUACUUAAAGGAGAAGUCUCGGUCCUUCAUCCAGAAUCCAUAUGUGGCGGCUCUCUACAAACAAGUGGGCUGUUUUGCCUUUGGCUGUGCCAUCAGCCAGUCCUUCACAGACAUUGCCAAAGUGUCCGUCGGACGCUUGCGACCUCAUUUCCUGGACGUUUGUAAUCCAGACUUUUCAGUAAUCGACUGCUCUAAAGGCUACAUUCAAAACUACACCUGUAGGGGAAAUGACAGCAGAGUCCAGGAAGCCAGGAAAUCCUUCUUCUCUGGUCAUGCCUCCUUCUCGCUCUAUACCAUGCUUUAUUUGGUGUUAUAUCUGCAGGCCAGAUUCACAUGGAGAGGAGCCCGUCUGCUACGUCCUCUUCUGCAGUUUACCCUGAUCAUGAUGGCAUUUUACACAGGAUUGUCCCGUGUGUCUGACCACAAGCAUCACCCUACAGAUGUGCUGGCAGGAUUUGCACAAGGAGCCCUGGUGGCUUACUGCAUAGUGUUUUAUGUGUCAGACCUCUUCAAACCCAAGAUGAGGACCUCCCUGCCUCCUCCUCCAAUCCGGAAAGAUAUCCUUUCACCUGUGGACAUCAUUGAACGGAACAAUCACCACAAUAUGGUGUAG